GAGAGAGAGAGAGAGAGAGAGAGAGAGAGCAAACACAAGGACUGCAGGCUUCACAUGCACAUAUUCCCACGAAACACCCUCAAAAUCCCAAUGCCCGAAAGAGGCAGAAGAAGCCACUGAGAAAGCAAGGUCAUUCUAGAACAGGAAAGCAAAGGCGGAGCAGAAGCAUAGGCAGUAGGGCGUUGAGCGGCAGCAUGGAGGAACUCUCAGGCAAAGACAAACAACUGAUCCGGGACAGCUGGGAGAAACUGGGAAAGAACAAGGUCCCACACGGCAUUGUCAUGUUUACCAGGCUGUUCGAACUGGACCCGGCUUUGCUCAGCCUCUUCAGCUACAAGACCAAGUGUGGUGCGGUGCCGGACUGCCUCUCCAGCCCUGAGUUCCUCGACCAUGUCACCAAGGUGAUGGUGGUGAUCGACGCAGCCGUCAACCAUCUUGAUGACCUGCAUUCUUUGGAAGACUUCUUGCUGAACCUGGGCAAGAAGCACCAUGCUGUGGGUGUUAAAACCCAGUCCUUCGCCGUGGUUGGAGAAGCCCUGCUCCACAUGCUGCAGUGCAGUCUGGGCGCCAGUUACACCACGGCACUGCGCCAGGCGUGGCUCAACAUGUACAGCGUGGUGGUGUCAGCCAUGACCAGAGGCUGGGCCAAGAACGGAGAGCACAAAUCCAACUGAGCAGAGGCCAGAGAUGACGUGAGCUUUACACUGACGUGGACCCACCAGUGGUUCGCAUGUGGCUGCUGGGUAGAAUAGCAUGGGCAGGGAGGACAUAGUACCUUAAGCACUGGAGAAAGGAUGAAUUUAUUGAUCUGCUGGGAUGAGUUGUGUGCUGACUGCCUAAAAGUCCCUGUAUCUGGGACCUUUGUAGUAAGUGGCUAGAGAUGAUGAAAGCUAUGGGGGCAAUAACUUGUAGAUUUGAUCUUCUGAAGCAGAGGCAAGAGUUUAAGGUUGAUGUUUCAGAGAUGGAACUGGCCUUGUAUAUAAUGACUCGCUGUGUCUCCUCAAACUAUCUGUAAUGGGUGUUGUGCUGUUUUUGAUGUUUCUUACAUGGGUGUCAUGAAACGGAGUUAAGACUAUGCACCAGUCGGCCUAUUCUCCAGGAGCUGGGCUGUUUUGUGAGACCUUUCUGCUUUGAAAAGUCUCAUGGCCUGAUCUUUUUCUACUAAGAUCCCAAGAAUGCUCUGACUAGUAAUCUGAUAAGAUGAUAAAUAGUUUAAUGCCCAGUAAAUAACCUCAACAUAAAGUUUGUUCAAUGACCUAACAGAACAGAUUAUUUUCCAAGUUUAAUGUAUAAUUUUCUCUAAAAAAGAAUUUCAGGAGAAAAUAAGCAGUCAGUUAGAGGAUGAAACGUCUUUGUAAAUAAAGAACUGUCAGGCUCAUUUACCUGUCCAAAAUAACAAAAGCUUCCCCACAACCUUUCAAAGACUGUUAGUUUCUUGGUGCAAUGUUAUUACCUUACAUGUUCAUAUAUCACAGUUAUUUUUAUAAACGAAUACACUAACAAAGGACUCGGCCAGACUGUUAUCAUGAACAGACUGUUAUGUCAUAUAUAUGCUGAUCUCCUUACUGAGUUCGAUGAAGAGGUCAUAAUUCAGCACUGGUGCAGCUGAAACCUAGGUACAUAAGAUAAUUAGGUCUGAAAAUUCCUUUUCACCUUAUUUGUCUUAUAGUGCUGCAGUUGAAUGACAUUUGCUGUUUAACGAGUUUCUUUUACAUGGCUUGCACAUUGUACAAGUCAUAAGUAACAAAUAUUGACAGGAGAGUUGAAUAUAUUAUUGGUAUUUGUUAAGCCCUAGAUGUUAAAAGCGAUGAUAUCCUUUUUGCUGCUAUAAAUAAAGUAUAAUAGAAUCUUAACAGUACUACAGAAAUGUGCUCCACUUUCUAUAAGAAAUACUACUACUCUGGAACUGGUAAUGCCAAGUAUCUUAAAAUGUGCCAAGUCACCCUGACAUUGGCACUAAGUGUUAUAUUGCACAACCUUUUAGUCUUUUGCUUUGUAUCUGUUCCUCUGUAUCAUACCAACUACCGUAUUUACAGGCAAUUUUUUAUUUAUUUCAUCAUGUAUGUGGAUACAUAAUGGUAUUACUUGGUGGUGCUGUAUGAUAUUUUUGUGGAAAAUAAUUAUUCUCUCUCUGUCAAUAACACAAUUAGAUCAUUAUACGACUGGCUUUGCAGUAACCACUGAGACUUCACUGACUUUCAGUAGAACAUGAUCAAGUUAAUUUAAAUAAACUGUUAGACACAUUAUCUUUACUAGGCACAUUCUCUCAAUCUUUUAAAAAGGCCUCACUUAUUGUAAGCAGUGUUUUAGAGUGUAAUAUUUUCCUAGCACUAAAUAGACUUGUGGUCGAUAGCUAUUAAUCCUAAAAUUUCUCUGUGAGUGUAUUGCUGUGUUUAAAUGAGUAAUAAUUGAUAUUCUCUUUAUAUUCUGUAUCUGAAGUGUCUGGAGGUCUACCUCAGUUUUGUAGCUGCUAAAGAACAGCGAUGAUAUGACCUGACUCCUCAACCAAAAAUACUGAUGCUUCACAACCCCUGUUCAUCUUCUGUUUUCUUCACCCAUCCAAAAUGUAACUCAGACAAUUCUGGGCUCUGUCAAUGUUUUCUGUCAGGAUUUGUUCCAAGCUCAAGUGUUCAAAGUUCAAAUGACCUGAAUAAAGAUUACUCUAAGUGUCUUUUUUUUUUUUUUGGAGAUAAACUUUUGGCAUUUUCAUUAUAAAAUAUGUAUUGUAUUCUGUCUUCUCUUGUUCUAUAGCAUUAUGUAACAUAGAUGGACAGCUCUU